AUGUCAGGGCCCUGGCUCACCUGGAAUGUGCGUGGGCUAGGAGACACAACAAAGAGGGAGGCAGUUAAAAAAGCAAUAUUGCAGUUGAGAUCUGAACUUCUUUUUUUCCAAGAAACUAAAUUAAAUGAGCAGCGACAACGUACAAUUGAAAAGUGGACUCAAGGUCUGAGCAUGAAUCACGUGGAGGUUUUUUCUGAAGGGGCCGCGGGUGGUCUUAUGUGUCUAUGGCGGGAGAGCAACCUUCGUGUUCUGUCUGUUGUGAAGGAUGUAAGUUUUAUUUUUUUGACAUUACAUGUACCAAAUAUUGAUCAAACUGUGCUGGUAGGAAAUGUUUACGGUCCACACACUCUACUGGAGCGUCGUUUAUUGUUUGAGGCUUUAAAAGUUCAAGUGCUGAGUCAUGUUGGUAUGACGUUCAUUGGUGGCGACUUCAAUGCGGUUCUGUUAGGAUCUGAAAGGUCUUCUGGGGGAGUUCUGGAUGCCGGCGAUGCAGUCUUCCAACAGUUUGUACAUGAAUGUCACUUAAAUGACUUGCCAUUGCUUAAUGGAAAAUUUACUUGGUUUUCAGGUCGUAAUGAUGGUUUAUGGAGUCGUUUAGAUCGCUGGCUAGUGUCUGAUGAUGUGCUAAUAUUUUUCAAUAAUAUUUCUCAGACUAUUUUUGACUGGAGUGUGUCUGAUCAUAGAGCAGUAGGCCUGUCGUUUGGGGUGCCUGAUGCUGGCCCCAAACCUUUCUAUUAUUUUAACCACUGGGUGGAGGAGGAUGGGUUUAAUGAUCUGGUUGAGACUUGGUGGAGGUCUGCAGUGUAUCAAGGAUGGUCUGGAUAUGUUCUGCAACAAAAAUUAAAGGGGUUGAGGAGGAAGAUUAGAGAGUGGCGUAGGGGGAGAGGGGCUUGGGGAGUUGAAAAAAUUGUAUCUUUAGAAAGCAGACUACAGGAGGUAAUGGGGGCCUUGGAAAAUCAGGGGGGGUCAGAGGCUCUGACAAAGGAGCGGAGGUCUGUUUUGGAGGAUUUAUGGAGAGCUUACCGCGAGGAGGAAAGAGUAUGGCGUCAGAAAUCUAGGGUGCGUUGGUUGAAGGAUGGAGAUAGGAACACUAAAUUUUUCCACCGCAUGUGCAAGGUCCGCACUGUUAAGAAAAAUAUUACUCAGCUACGGUAUCAAGGCAGAUUGCUAACAUCUCCGACGGAUAUUAAAGAAGCUACGCGGGAUCAUUUUCAGAAUUUUUUUCGGGUGGCAGAUGUGCCUCGACCGUGGUUCCAGAAUCAGAAUUUACAGAAGGUUUCAGAUGUAAAUAAUCAAUUUUUGGAAGCAGCUUUUUCACUUGAGGAAAUCUGGGAAGUGGUCAAGAAUUUUGAUGGAAACAGAGCACCUGGACCUGAUGGAUUCAGCAUGGAUUUUUUUUAA